UAUUUCAGCACCGCCAAACAGACCCUAACACAAUAAAAGGAGAUUCCGGAAAAAACCAAAAGCAGACCCUCCUCCUCCUCCUCCGCGGCUACCUCUUUUAUCUGUCAGAUAACAGGGAGUGGGAAAUCAGCGGUUGUGUUGGUCCACUGUCGACUUAUUUCCAGAUCGCAGAUUUCCCCUUCCACCACUCAUCUUCAGGUGAAGAGGAGAGGUAAAAAUAAUGGCUGCAAAGCGUAUCUUGAAGGAACUCAAGGAUUUACAGAAGGAUCCACCUACUUCUUGCAGUGCAGGUCCUGUAGCUGAAGAUAUGUUUCACUGGCAAGCAACAAUAAUGGGACCUGCUGAUAGUCCAUAUGCAGGUGGGGUGUUUCUAGUAACCAUCCAUUUCCCUCCUGAUUAUCCUUUCAAACCUCCAAAGGUUGCGUUUAGGACCAAGGUCUUUCAUCCCAACAUUAAUAGUAAUGGAAGCAUUUGUCUUGAUAUCCUCAAAGAGCAGUGGAGUCCUGCUCUUACCAUUUCUAAGGUACUGCUCUCCAUUUGCUCAUUGCUGACUGAUCCAAAUCCUGAUGACCCUCUUGUACCAGAGAUUGCCCAUAUGUACAAGACUGACCGAGCCAAAUAUGAAGCCACUGCUCGCAGUUGGACACAGAAGUAUGCCAUGGGCUGACGUUAUGGAAACAUUGUAUAAAUGGCUUGCGUUUAUUGUUAUGUGUUGAAACAUGGUCUGUUUACUCUUUUGGGGUUGGUUUUGUGAGGGUUUGAAUUUCAUAAGAAUGAAUGAUAUUUCGUGCAGCUCCAAACUAUGAUUUGGGGGUUGCAUGGAAAUAAUAUAUGGAAAGUAUGUCGUUUUAAUCUA